GAAGAUGCGUCGUUCCUCAUUUACUCCCGUGUUCAAUCUGAGCACCCAAGAGCCCUUGAUAGUCGUUGAGGAGUCCCAUGCCGCCGAGGACGGUGACGAACUGGAGGGGGCUGCCGGGGGCUGUGAUCCGAGUGCCACCCGGCGGACGAACAGCGAUGACUCCGAGCCGGACUCACCGGUCAAUCCGUAUCUAUUAUGCCCCUUUCCCGAUAUGCAGCAGCGUCGCAAGCACUCGCUGCCCUCGCUCCAAAUCACCGAGGGCAUCACAGCCAGUCAGGUGCGUCGCCUGUCCGAGGUCGGUGGCGAAACGGGCGGGCUCAGCCCCAAAGAGGUCGAAUUUCUGGCCACUCUUUCCCAGAAGGCCAAUCCGACCGCUGGCGGGCGACGUCACUCUGUGGUCACCAUAUCAGCGGUGCCGCCAACGCUCUUCGGACGCAAUCGGCGUGAAUCCAUUUCCGCUGUUUCGUUCAGCGGCAGUCGUCGGGGCAGUGCAAUCGCUGGGCCACCGUUGACAGAUCAUCGCGGCAGCAUACACAACUUGCAGCUGGACAUCAUGGACGGGAUUGUGCAGCAGCGCAAGACGCAGCGCAGCGGCAGCGGCGUCUGGACAGCACCCGUGCUCCAGGAGGCGGACAGCAAUGUGCCCGUCCAGACAUAAGCGGUGAGCGGCGAGCGGCGCGGACAAUGGGCGGCAAAGGUAAAGGAAAAGGAGACGGGGAAUGCGCGCGAUACGGGACACGGUUGGAAUUGACGAACAAACUGGACAUAACAUAUUUCCAUAUACCCACCCCCCACGUCCCACCCCCCACUACCCCAGCUUCCCACUCCCAUCGUUAACAUCCUCGCUCUCGCCCUCAUUUUGCUUUUGUGAAAAACAAGAGGAAAAGAAAAAAAUUGGUUUGCUGCGACAACGCAUAAAAAAAUAAACAACUGUGCAAACGAAAAUUAAAAUUCAACUGCUGACAGAGAGAGAGAGAGAGAGAGAGAGAGAUAGAGCGCGAGAGAGAGAGAGAGAGAGAGAAAUGGACAGAGAGAGUAAGAAAUAGCUAGCGAUAAAGAGAGCAAAACAAUGGAGAGAGAACGAGCAAGCAAGAGAGUCAAAGCCAGAGGGAAUUCGGAGGAAAAUGCAGAGAUGAACAAAAAAAAAAAACACAAAACACAAACAGAGGAUGUAACAAUUAAGCGAGAAAAACUCAACUAGAAGACACCCUGUACACAAAAUCAUUGGGCUACAUAAAAGCCAAACCUAUAUCUCAAUUUGUAGAGUUCGCAAAUAACACCUUAUGAAAAUCAAAUAGCAAGCCGAUGAAACCAUCUUAGUGUUGGUUGUUUUUCAUUGUCAAAACCCCAUUUAAUCAAUGUUAAACAGUGGCUGGAGUAAAAUAAUAUUCAAUUGUCCAAAAACUUUUUCUAUGGAUUACAGGGUAUUUCAAGCGAAAAGCGAAACACAGAACAAUCGUUCGAAAAACGCUGCAAAAACAUCUGUCGCUUAUUUUUUGAUGCAACAAUUUGCACAGCUGCACCUUCCGAUAGUGUGGCCACUCUGCCCCACCACUCCCCAUGCUUCCAAUCAGCAAACCGCAAUUUACUUAAAGUGACGGUAGCCGAAGGCAAUAAAGAACAAAAUGGAACCAACCAUGUCCAAAUAGCCGAAAUAGAAAACUUUCAGCAAAAACUAACAAAAUUGGUACGGAAAUCGAACAAAUAAAAUCAAAUGCAGCAAAUAACAUUUAAUAGCAGUCAGGAACAGCUGCAUCCACAAUAUUUGAAACUACAAUUAAAUCAACAAAUAUAAAAUAUUUAUUUAUUUGCUCAAGCCUGUAUUUCAACACCAAAUUGUCUCUCAAAUCGUUGCGGAGCUCCAUUCCAUAUACACUCGGAAAAAUAUUGCCUUAGAUGAAUUUGGUGAUGUUUCAAAUAGCCCGAAAAUCCAGAAAAAAGCAUAAUUUGAAUAAAAUAAAUUCAAAAUGUUUCAAAAGUGUACACGUUGAGAUAUUUAAGAUUCCUUUCUUUUAUUGGUCAUCACAAGAAUAUUUCUGAUCGUUUCAUAUAAAUUUUUACGUAUUUCCACGCAAUGUUUCUAAUUUCCGCUUACAAUUUAAAAAUGACUCUGAAAUUGAGUAAUGUUAAUUUUGAAUAUAAGAAAAACGAAAGCGUUUGAAAUAGUUUAAUAUAUGUAAAGUUCUGGGGCAUAAUUUGUGCAGAGUGUAUGAGUUGUCAGCCGAAUAUCAAAUUUCUACUAACGGAACGCAGCCUCGACACAACAUUUUGAAGGACAGUCUAGGUCAAGGACACUACACAUACAUAUAUUUAUACACAGGCACUUAGUUACAAGGUUGUCGUAUUUUAUUGUAAGCGACACGUGUAGCACAUGGCGUAUGCGUAAUAUGCCACACUACCUCAAUGCCAAUGCCAACAUGCCAGCAUGCCAGAACGCAGAACACAGAACACAGAACCCAAAACCAAUGCCAAUGGCAAUGGCAACGGCAAUGCGAUUGCGAAUACGAAUACGAAUAUCCCCUUUUAAUAGUCGUCGUUUUUGAAUUGACUGUUGUUUAUGAGAGCAUCCCCUCCCCCAAAUAGCUCGCAGCAUUUGCUGCCCAAGAAUGCAAAUCUCUUUCUGACAACGUUAACUAAAAUAUGUGGCAUCUAACUAAUUAUGACUAUCAAAACACAAUGCCAGCUGGCCUUAUACAUACCAGUGCCCAGAAACCCAAUAGAUUCUCCUUUAUACAUAUCCACACUAGAGUUUCUGAGUAUGCAAAUAUCAGAGUAAACACACAUUGCAAACAUUAAUUAACUAUUGCAGCAUUUACAUUUUUGGGAAUCCAAUUUAUGCUUAUGGGCAUCAGAACAAUCAAGCAACUUUUGAUUAGAUAUCAACUGAUUACAAUUACAAAUAACUAAUUGUCUUAUAGUAUUUAUUUGAAGAUGGAAUUAAACAAAAAAUUAAACUUACAAUUUUGAUUCAUGUUAACAUUUUUUUUUUUUAAUUUCGAGAAACUCACAUUGAACAAAAAAACAAAAAAAAAA